UACGUCCUCAAAUCGUCGUCACAUUUUCAUCGCUGCUUCAUGGCAUUUCCACUCGUCGACGCGCAUUGCCACUUGCACGAUGAGCGACUGUGGUCCAGUGGCUCUCCACCGAGCCGUCGCACGCUCGAAGACGUGCUUCGUAGAGCUCGCAAUGCUAAUUUGACUCACGUCGUGUCCUGCGCCACUCACGAACGAGAUUGGCGGGUCUUGGAGCAGUUAAUAGCGCAGCAAGAAGAUAACAGUAUGCCCAGUGUUGUACCAUGUUUUGGCGUCCAUCCAUGGUGGGCUCAGGAGCUGUCGCCCAUGACUUCAGACAGUCUAAAACCGCUUCGGGCAAUAUUGACGCUACAUCCAGCAGCAAAUGUGGGGGAGAUUGGCCUAUGCAAGAGUGCAAGAGGGAGACAGGUGCCGCUGGAAAUGCAGGUGAAGGCAUUUCGAGCACAACUCGAGAUAGCGGCGGAGUUGGAAAGAACCUGCGUACUGCAUUGCGUGGGGUACUAUGGUAAACUGCUGGAGAUUUUGCAAGAAUUUGACAAGCGUGGGAGAUUGCCACCAAUUCUUGUCCUGCAUUCGUAUAGCGGUCCGCCAGAUAUGAUGCGGUCGUUCCUAAGGCUACGUGACACGAGAGUUUUCUUCUCGCUAAACGCCAAGCAGUUGACAGACCCGCGAAUGAAGAAGACGGUAGCGUGCUGUAAGGAAUCGCCAUUGGAAGCGCUACUAUUUGAAACAGACGCACCAGAUCAAGCCCCUUCCGCUGAGUAUGCAGAGAAGGUUUUUGAUUGCGGCGUUUUGGAUGCUGUUGAUACGCCUUUGUUACUCCAAGAGGACUCGACGGGUGUCAAUGAACCUGUCAUGGUGAAGCUUGCGCUGCUCAGCGCAACGGAGAUCCGAGGCGUCGGCAUGAAUGAGCUAGUUGCAGCAGUUUAUCAAAACUGUAAAGUUGCUUUCAGGAUCGACGACGCGAAAUUAAGCUGAAACACGAAACUGGUUAAGCUUAAGGAGCAUAUUACAGCUUAAUAACUUUGUGCCUGUUUAGAUUGCAGCAUAGUCCAUGUCACUGUACAAUAGCGACUGCAGCAUAGGGUCAACGUGGUCUGAAGAAUGCAAGAUAAGACAGAGUA